GAGCUCACGGCGCAGACAGCGUGAGGGGAGCGAAAAUGGGUGUUACUCAGACGGUUUUAACAUGAAUGGGAAAGCGAGCCUAGCAUGAGUUGUCAUUACUUACAAAUAUCAGCACGGCAGUGAAAGCUCAAAGCAGACGUUUCCAUCUGAAACAACGAGUGCUCCAUAAAAUCUUCCGACAGUGGUUAAUGCUAAGUCGACGAUUGCUUUUGAGUUUGAAACCCUUUCAUGAGAUCUGGAAGUAAAGGUACCGAAAACUGGUCUGAGUAAGGAGAACAAAAUGCUGCAAUUUGUAUAUGAACUUUCGGUAGAAAAUAAGAUCUUCUACUCGGUUCUACUCUUCUCGUGGACAGUCUAUUUAUGGGAGGCCUAUCUCGCGUACAGACAGCGCAAGGUGUACAGGUCCACCACUCACGUGCCCAUGGAACUGGGCAGGAUCAUGGACACGGAGACAUUUGAGAAGUCGCGGCUGUACCAGCUGGACAAGAGCACUUUCAGCUUCUGGUCAGGACUGUACUCCGAGACAGAGGGGACGCUGAUUCUCCUGUUAGGAGGGAUUCCUUUCUUGUGGAAGGUAUCGGGCGGUCUCAUUGAGCGAGCUGGACUCGGACCAGAACAUGAGAUCUCCCAGUCCCUCAUGUUCCUGCUGCUGGCCACUCUCUUCAGUGCUUUCACUGGCCUUCCCUGGAGCAUUUACAGCACCUUUGUCAUCGAGGAGAAGCACGGCUUCAACCAGCAGACACUGGGUUUCUUCCUGAAGGACGCGGUAAAGAAGUUUGUGGUGACGCAGUGCAUCCUGCUGCCCGUCACCUCCCUGCUGCUCUACAUCAUCAAAAUCGGCGGAGACUACUUCUUCAUCUACGCCUGGCUGUUCACCCUCGCUGUCUCUCUGGUGCUGGUGACAGUCUACGCCGACUACAUUGCUCCACUGUUUGACAAGUUCACCCCCCUGCCUGAAGGGGAGCUGAAGGAGGACAUUGAGGCCAUGGCAAAGUCAAUCAGCUUUCCUCUCACUAAAGUCUACGUGGUGGAAGGGUCCAAGCGCUCGUCCCACAGCAAUGCCUAUUUCUACGGGUUUUUCAAGAACAAGCGCAUCGUGCUCUUUGACACCCUGCUGGAGGACUACUCUCCUCUGAACAAGUCCGGGGAGCCGGAGCCGGAGCCCAGUGAGGAGAACGACGCCGCCGAGGCCAAGCCCAGGCCCAAGAAUAAGAAGCAGGGCUGUAACAACCGUGAGGUUCUGGCUGUGCUGGGCCACGAGCUGGGCCACUGGAAACUGGGCCACACUGUGAAGAACAUUGUCAUCAGCCAGAUGAACUCCUUCCUGUGCUUCUUCCUCUUUGCUGUUCUGAUUGGUCGUAAGGAGCUCUUCGCUGCCUUUGGGUUCCACGACAGCCAGCCCACCCUGAUUGGCCUGAUGAUCAUCUUCCAGUUCAUCUUCUCCCCCUACAAUGAGCUGCUGUCUUUCUGCCUGACGGUCCUCAGCCGCAGGUUCGAGUUCCAGGCGGACGCCUUUGCCCGCGGCAUGGGCAGGGCCUCGGAGCUCUACUCCGCCCUCAUCAAGCUCAACAAGGACAACCUGGGCUUCCCGGUGGCGGACUGGGUGUUCUCCAUGUGGCACUACUCCCACCCCCCGCUGCUGGAGCGCCUGCAGGCUCUCGGGGGCCCGAAGGAAGACUGACGGCCCCGGGGGAGGGGGUCCCGGCAGACAGGCCCCCGCAGGCUCCUCCAGGCCCUCUGACGGCCCCUUCCUCUUCCCCCUACUUGCCUUCAUCUCUCUCGUUCUGUGGUUUCUUUCAGCACUGCAUCCAAAUUGGUGAAAACGGAAAAAGCAGCCCCAAACUAAAAUCUUUGAUAAGUGGGGGGUAAAUCUGUUUAUUCCAAGAAAUUGAAAUCUCAUUGGAAAACUGCAAAAAAAGUCGUCUUUGCACCAGAAAAACAUUCCAUUAUACAGAAUAUAUAUUUUAGCUGCUUUCAGAACUUUCAACAGCUUGUUUUCAUCUAAUUUCCCUUCUGUGAUUUUUUUCUUCUUAUCUAACACCAUCUACAUGAAUCUUCUUCACAACCAUUAACUGGACAGUCAGUUUAUGAAACAUCUGGUAAAAUAUAACUGACUAAAUCAGAUAACUGACCCUUAAAAAAACACCCAAAUUAUCGACUGUUUCUCACAAUACAUUCCCUUUUUGUCUCUUAACCUACAGCCUCCAAUUUUGAUCAGUUGAAUGCGUUUGAAGCCAGUUUUUUUUUUUUUGGGGGGAGGAGGUAUUACGAUCACACUGGAGUACUGUUAAUAGCUUGCAGAGAACACAGUGGAGAUGGGGACUAAAGGGAUUAGUUUCUCAUCUUCGAGAAUGACGGACUCUUGUGUAAUACAUGAGAUGUUUCAAUUUAAUAAACAAUUAAAAUUGUAGACUGGCAUAUCUGUACAGUAUUUAGUGUAUAUAAAAUGUCUACAAGAUAUCCACCCCAUAUCAAACCUGUGAUUUAUUUUAGAGCAGUUUGAAGUGGAAUUCCCUGGAAUUGUGGAAAAAGGGUAAUUUUAUCAUGACAGGCUUUGAGUGUGCCUCUCAGGUGAGUGAAAUUAAACUUGCCUGAUCAGAGCUCCUGUCAGCUUAUAAUGAGUAUAGACAAGGGAUGAUGUUAGUUUUUAAGUAAUAUUAGGGGCUCCUGAUGAAAAUGGAAGGUUUUUAUGUUCCCGUUCUUGAAAUCUGAAAAUCCCUUAAAGGGUGCUGUUUUUUUUAUUGUAAUACUAAAAUUUGGAAAAUUGGUUUAACUUUGAAAUUGUAAAUAUUUAUUUAGUUUGGUGAUUUAAAAAAGGUAAAAUGCUGAUGAAGAACUCUAAAAUUACGACUGUUUUGUUUUGGUGCCUGCUUUUCCUUUGUGUAGUCGUGUGAGUUCAGUGUCGCAACACGAUGCUGACUCGCUCGCUGUAUUACUCUGAAAGUUUGAUUUGAAAGUGACUGAUGUACUUUUGCUGUAUCGCAAAUAAAAAAAAACAAUUGUCUUAAUGA